GGAAUUCUCUCUUCCAGCGAGUAAGACAGCAGCGCUCCAGCAAUGCCAGCGGGUAUUUCGUCUACCUUGCCAGGGUUCGCCCUUAAAAUUCAGACUUCUUUCCCGGGGCCGUCUCGCAUCACCCCUUGUCAGCGAAGAUGUGGAGGGGGUGAAAGCGCGUGACUGGGGGCUUCCCAGCCCAGAGGGAAAGAGAAACUGCCAGAGACCCUGAUGUCAACAGCAAGGUGUUAGCGUUGGCUGCUGAAUGCAGGCAGCCCCUGGCCGCGCCUGAGUGGUAAAAUGACAGGGGACAGGCAGAGAGACGAAGCUAAGAAGACAUCUUUUCAGAGGUGUGUUAAGCCCAGAACCCCAGGAUGACGUGACCUCUGUACCCUUUCCAGAACAAACCUGCCCUUCUGUGGGUCCCCAAGAAGUAACUCUUUGGGAAUUUGUGGGUGGGUAUGCAAAAAGAGCAAGUAAUGAUAAACGAUUAACUUUAUUGCCUCAUGCAUAGAUAGUAGUAUUUAUUUGGCUUUGACCAAGGCCUGGUGACAGACGCUGAAGGACUUGAACCACCAACUCAGCUUAGGAGGAAGCCAAGACGGAAGGUCUCCCAUCUCCCAGUAUGAUUGUAAGCUGCUUGAAGAAAGGACAUAUUUACACAGGACCAGUACAAUACUCUACAAAUAGUAGGCCCUUGCUGAUUUUCCCCCUGAAUGGGAAUUGUAUUUGCCUUGACCCAGCAGCUGGCUUAAUGUCAAACACACAGUGAAAGUUGUUGAAAUGAAAUAGAACCUUGGCCUUGCAGUUUGGAAAUUUUAGCAAUCAGAUGCAAAUGGGACAGCCAGUGCCAGGAACAGGGCCAGCUGUGCUCCCUGGUGGAUACCCUGUAUGCCCCCCUUAUCCGGACAGUUAUUCCUCAGCGGGAGACCCCAUGUGGACAUACUUCACUGCCGUUGCUGACCAGGAUGGUGAAGUGGAUGCUGAAGAACUUCAGAAAUGUUUAACACAGUCUGGAAUUAGUGGAACUUUUUCUCCCUUCAGUUUAGAAACCUGCAGAAUUAUGAUUGCCAUGUUGGAUAGAGAUUACACAGGAAAAAUGGGAUUUAAUGAAUUCAAAGAACUUUGGGCAGCUCUUAAUGCCUGGAAGCAAAAUUUCGUAACUGUUGAUAAAGACGGAAGUGGCACAGUAGAGCAUCAUGAAUUGAAUCAAGCCAUUGCUGCUAUGGGUUAUAGCUUGAGUCCUCAAACAUUAACUGCCAUCGUUAAACGUUAUAGCAAGAAUGGCAGAAUUUUCUUUGAUGAUUAUGUUGCUUGCUGUGUGAAGCUUCGAGCAUUGACAGAUUUCUUUAGGAGAAGAGACCACUUGCAACAAGGGGUUGUGAGUUUCAUAUAUGAUGAUUUUUUGCAGGGCACUAUGGCAAUUUGAAAGUCUAGAAUUUGAAGGCUGAAGAAAUACUGUGAAUUUCUGUGCUUGGAAGAAAUGAACUGAACUACUUUGAAUUAAAGCUUUGGGGGAUUUUCCAUGUU